AUGGACCUGAGCUUCAAGCUGGGCGUCUAUCCAAGCACCCCAAGCGAUAUCUCCGUCUAUAGGUACAAGCUGGGCGUCCCUUGUGGCCGUGUGUCAUCCCGGGACCCUCGUCUGUUUCGACGCCCCAUGAGUGAUGUAGCCACCCUGCCGCCCGUGUCUGGAGAGAUGCCGAAGCCUGAACUUGUUCAGGUUUUCUCCGACCUCAUGCAGCAGGUUGCGGCUGCUCCUCUGCCGUCAUCAGACGAGGAAGAAGAGGUUGUCUCCCCUAGAUCGGGUGCUGCCUCAAGCUCAGAACAGGUUGUCUCCCCUUCACGUCAAACUGAGGUAGCUCCAACUGAUACUCAGGACAAGACUGAAGUGAACCCUGCUGCUGUGGCUCUGCCGUCAUCAGACUCAGAGAGCGGCUCAGAAUACAACUCAGACUCGGAUGAUGACAAAGAAUGCACCUCAUCAUCUUCAGGCAGCACAUGCAGCAGCAGCUCGUGCGCCAAAUGCAAUGGUUCAGACAGCUCAUCUGACAGUGGCUCUGACAACUCCUCCUCCAACUCAUCCAGAAGCUCAUCUGACAGCUCAUCUAGCAGCUCAUCUGAGGACGAGGAUUCCAGCGAAGAGGAUGAUGUCUCGGACCAAUCCACUGAAGAAGUGGACCAUUCCCCUAGCUUGGACCAUAAGUCUGGACCAAGUGCUGAGACAUCUUCUUGUUCCUCUGGAUCCCCCACAACCUCUGCAUAUGGGUCAAGCUCUGGAUCUAGCUCUGGAUCAAGCUCUGGAUCAAACUCUGGAUCAGCUGCUAGCCCAAGUUGCAGCUCAGGCUACAGCUCAGCUGGCAUCUCCUCGUCUGUCACCCAUGACCCGGACCUUGGGAAGAGACUUACGAUAAUCAGAUAUGGUCCUCAGGCUCGAGGUCUCAGGGUUUGGUACAACGAGGAUGAGACUGAUGACUCCAGCAGCGACUCAGACGAUGAGCCUGUGCUUCCCCCGCCCACCGCCCCCGUACCCUACACUGGCAAGGGCAAGGGCAAGAGCACCAAGAGGAGAAAGGUUGAUGACCUCGUCGAACCAUUCAGCCGCCUCAGCAUCGGCCCUCCUCGUCCACGUCGUUCCGUUGCCCCUCGUCGCCUCCUCAGGUGUUUCGGCAAGCUCGAUAUCACCGAGCCGCCAGCGACCAAGAUGCCAACCAAGAGGAAGGCAUGUUACGAGGAAGACUUGGAGGAGGAACAUGAGUCGAGGAAGAAGAGACGAGCUCUCCGCAAAGCGGAACAACGUCAUUAUGUCGAGCUCGUCCGAGAGAUCUUCGGGGCCGACAGCGACGACGAGACUCCAGUGGAGACUCCCAGAAAACGUCGCCAUGUUUGCAAGAGACGCAAGGCAGCUUCUGCCACAGCACCUGCCCCGGCCGGGGCAAAGAAAGUCCGAGUGUAAAAUAAUUAAACGAUUUUGGCCAUUUUCGAACAUAAGCAAAUAAAAUAAUAUAGUUGGACAUAAAAUUGUAUACAUUAGAUAUAAAAGUAAAAUAAUUCUAUUAUCAAUAUUAUUAUUAUUAAUACCAUUUUGGACAUUUUCGAAUAUAAACACAAGUACAGACUCAAGGAAAUGUUAUACAGUAGAUAUAAAGUAACAUAUUCUGUCAAUAAUUUGCAAACUUUAGGUAAUAGAAUUGAAUAUAAUUUUUAAAAGGUACGUAGAUUAUUACUGUACAGGUAUAGAUUAAAUUAUAAACACAUGUUUAUACAAAAACAAUGUAAUUACUUAAUAUAUUCCAAAUUUCUAAUAGUUUGUUGUUAGGGUCGAGUUUCUGAAAAGAAAUGUAAAUACUAGCAAUUAUAAAUUUCAAAUUCAUCUUAAAAUGGUAUUAGGACAAUGCAUUUCAUUUCUUGAUUGAAAUAAUAUAUAGUGUAAUAACACAAACCACUAUAUAUGUAUAUAAAAUCAACGUAAAUUAAGGGUAAAUACCUUUAGGAAGUUUAUAAAAUCCAAGUAAAUUUCUUGCCCAAUUUUGUUUAUAAAGUA